AUGAGGAAAGAAGAGCAUGAAUAUUAUUAUCCAGCAGCUUUUGACCUAGUGAGGGAAGUAGCUAUCCAUGAAGCUCAGCUUAAUGACUUGCCUGUGGACAUGAGAAUAGAUCUGUUGGGCGAGGUGGCUGCCGCCACUCUAGACUUCUUGUCUGCAUUUCAGCUGCUGGAAGAAGAAAGCCUUCUAUACAUAGAAUUUGUAGAGAUCUGGAGUGCCGGUGCUGGCCAAGCUGUCACCGUGCCUCUGGCUAGAGAUCUGUUACAUCCUUCCUUGGAAGAGGCAAAGAAAAAACAUAAGAAGAAUCGGCUGGUUCAGAGCCCAAAUUUUUACUUCAGGGAUGUGAAAUGUCCAGGUUGCUACAAGACUACAGUUUUCAGUCACGCUCACUGCGUAGGUUGCUCAGCAGUGUUGUGCCAGCCCACAGGAGGAAAAGCGAGACUCACAGAAGCCUGUUCAUUUAGAAGAAAGCAACACUAAUCAUCUAUACAAGUUCCUGAGUUUGUGUUUUUCACAGAAAGCCUUAUCAAGUUCAGUGACUCUACCAAGACAAUGUAACUGUGUUUUAUUUUAUAAAGUAUGUAACAGUGAUCUCCUAUUUUGGUGUCAGUUUUUCAAUAAAGUUUUAAUUAUG